GGUUGGGGUUAAACUUGACCCACCCACUUCCACUGCAUCUUCUUCAACCCUGAUAACAAUCCAAAUUGAAAAUCUCUCAUUUCUACAGAGAGAGUGAGUGAGAGGCCAUUGCUCUGUGGUUCGAGGAACGCCAUGGACAACAACUGUUGGCAGCGAAGAGAGUUCAUAUUCCUCAUUCUCUACGCUUUUGUCUUCUACGUCAUCAUCAUUCGUCGCUCCCUCCAACUUUCUCACGAUCAUUACGACAAACUUUAUGGUUUGCGUCCCGGAUGGAUCGGGGAUCGGCAAAAUGAUGUUUCUGAUGCCCAAUGGAGAAACUUCCGUGGAAAUCUACCCAUUCUUACCGUCGUUUUUGGAAUUUUUACAUUGGUGGCCAAUAUGUUGAGGACAUUCUAUCAUUUAAAAGCAAAGGGAAUGUCCAUAGUUUGGCUUUUGAUAUCUUUGGCUUAUUUAUCAUAUCUACAUGGAGCUUGCGUCAUCUUUGUCAUUUCGAUUGCUUCAGUUAAUUUUCUUCUAGUGAAGGUACCAUAUUUUAUCAGAUUUUUGUUUCUGCAGAUAUUUGGACACAGAAAGUAUUUUCCAUUUAUACUCUGGGUUUUCAACGUAUCUGUUCUUAUAUGUAACCGUGUCUAUGAGGGGUAUCGGUGGUCCAGUUUUGGGCAACAUUGGGCUUAUUUGGACAACUUUCGUGGUACCUUUAGAUGGCAUAUCUGCUUUAACUUUGUUAUUUUGCGCCUGAUAAGCUUUGGGUAUGACUACCAUUGGGCAUCUCGUAGUUCUCGUUUCGAUCAGAAGAAGCACAUUCAAAAUUGCCCUAGAUGUUCAUCAGGACAAACUUGCUACCUGCUAUUACAGGAGAGAAACGUCCAGAAUGAUAAUUUCUCUUUCAGUAUAUACUUAUGUUAUUUGGUAUAUGCUCCCCUCUAUAUUGCUGGACCAAUUCUAAGCUUUAAUGCAUUUGCUUCACAGUUAGAUAUGCCUCAGAAAAACUAUUCAUUGAGAGGAGUGGCUUGGUAUGGGUUGCGCUGGUUUUUUAGUCUUCUCCUAAUGGAAUUAAUGACACAUUUAUUCUACUACAAUGCAUGUGCUAUAAGUGGCUUGUGGAAACAGUUAUCUCCGAUGGACGUCUUCAUCAUUGGAUAUGGGGUUCUAAACUUCAUGUGGCUCAAGUUUUUUCUAAUCUGGCGCUACUUCAGGUUCUGGUCACUGAUUGGUGGCAUUGAGCCUCCUGAGAAUAUGCCAAAGUGUAUAAAUAAUUGCUACAACUUGGAAAGUUUUUGGAAAACUUGGCAUGCUUCCUUCAACAAAUGGCUCGUCAGGUACAUGUACAUUCCUCUUGGUGGUUCUCAAAGAAAGUUGCUCAAUGUGUGGGUCAUCUUCACAUUUGUCGCCAUAUGGCACGAUUUAGAGUGGAAGCUUCUUUCAUGGGCAUGGUUAACAUGUGUAUUCUUUAUCCCAGAAAUGCUUGUGAAAUCAGCCGCAAAAUCUUUUCAGGUGCGGAGUGCUUUGGGGGAGUUUAUUUUCCGUGAACUUAGUGCAGUUGCUGGUGCUAUCACAAUCACUUUACUAAUGGUGGUUAACCUUGUUGGCUAUGUGAUUGGACCAUCAGGCAUGAAUUGGUUGAUUUCAAGAUUCCUCCGGAAAGAAGGCUUACCUACUCUGGGCGGCAUGUUUGUUACAUUUUAUGUGGGGACAAAGCUCAUGUUCCACAUCCGUGAUGCCAAGCAAAGGACUGACUAAAAUUAAAGGCACCACAAGGUUUUAUUUCUUGUCCAAGAGUUUGCACAUGCUGGCUGGGCCAUGUGAAUUAAAAGUCCUUUUGAACAAAAGUAAAAGAUCUUCGUUAUAGUUUAGGUCUGACAUUACGCAUUGUUUAGAAGUUAAGAAGAAAACUAUUGAGAAUGACCUGAAAAGAUAGCCAUACAACAGACAAUUCCAUUUUCAUGUUUGUUGCUAUUGUUUGCAGAUCUCUGUAGACCUCGUGUAGUUUUGUGUUUGCUUGCUAAUGUAUUCCUGAGAUAUGUUUCUUGUUAAACAAUAUAUUCUCUUUCCACUGUAAUUCUUGCCUACACACAUUGCACAUGUGCCUCUGAUAUCUCUCUCACACAGCAUUGAUCAUCUUUCUCCAA